AUGAAAAAGAGUGAAGCGUCAAAGGUGGUUGAGAAUGGCACUCCCAGCUUAAAGAAAGAGCCCCGUCGAGCAAUUCUUCGACUUGUGUUUUCAGAUUUAGUUGCUAAAGGGCAUUUAAUGAUGGUGGAGUCUCUUCGUCUCUAUCUAGGAGCAGGCCUUCACUCAUGGGUUCACUUAAGGGGAUGCAAUGUCAAUGUGAACAAAGAAGUUCCUGCUCUUUCACUUUCUCCGUGCAUCUUUAAGAUUUCUGAAAAGGAAAACGUGCUUGAUAGAGGUACGGAUAUGCUUCCAAAUUCUAAUAGAAGAAGCAGCCAUCCACCUUCUGGCUUGACCACCAAUGUGGAUGUUGUGGACUGGUCUGUGCACGAGAAGGUUGUUACGGCUCUUUUAUCUGAGGGUUUACAUACUGAAGAAGAACAGGAUAAUGCCUAUCAACUUAAGAAUAAGAAAGGACUGGAAUGCCUUACUCGCCUGUGGUCAUUAGCACAGCGGGAUGCUAUUGCGUCAGUCACAGGAGUUGAUGUUAGUUCCUUGAUUAUAGGAAGGGAUACUUUUUUUCAUUUUGAAGUGGGAGGGCUCGAAUCUUACAAGUCAAGAGACGGGCAGCCUCCUGCUGUUGAUCUUCUGGAAAUUAGGAAGGAAAAAAUUGUUCCUUUAGAAAUUUUGUACGUAAUGACAGUCUCUGACGAGUCACCGCUUGGUGAUAAAUUCAUUGCGUAUGAGCUUACCUUGGAUAGAAGCGAGAAGAAAGACAAUGUGGUUCAUAUUGAGCCAAUGCUUGAGAAGAUGCAUCUUGGCGAACCUAUAUUUUUCUCUUCUGUUAAAGAAAGACACUGCAAUAAAGGUGUUUCCCCUGAUUUAUCUUCCUUAGCGUGGAUGGGCUCAGUUGUGUCUGAUGUUAUCAAGAGGAUGACCGUGUUGUUGUCUCCGGAAGCUGGAAUGUGGUUUAGCAAAUUCAAUAUUCCUUCACCUGGACAUAUUCUCAUAUAUGGGCCUCCUGGAUCAGGAAAGACAAUUUUAGCAAGAGCUGCUGCAAAGUACUUUGAGGAACAAAAAGACUUGUUGGCACAUGUGAUUUUAGUAUCCUGUUCUGCACUUGCCUUGGAUAAGGUUCAACACAUCCGUCAAGCCAUUUCUAGUGUAAUAGCUGAAGGCUUGGAACAUGCACCAUCCGUUAUCAUUUUGGAUGAUCUUGAUAGCAUUAUCUCAUCACCUUCAGAUAACGAAGGAACUCAAGCUUCGAAUGCGAUUACGAUGCUUACAAAAUUCCUAACAGAUGUUAUAGAUGAUUAUGGGGAAUACAGGAGUUCCUCUUGUGGAAUUGGUCCACUUGCAUUUGUUGCUUCUGUCCAGUCUCUAGACCAAAUUCCACAGACAUUGAGCUCAUCAGGAAGAUUUGACUUCCAUGUGCAACUGGCUGCUCCUGCUACCUCUGAACGUGGGGCUAUACUGAAGCAUGAGAUACAAAAACGCCUUCUAGAGUGUUCGGAAGAUAUUUUGCUCGAGUUAGCUGCCAAAUGUGAAGGAUAUGAUGCGUAUGACCUGGAAAUAUUGGUUGAUAGAGCUGUUCAUGCUGCCAUUGGCCGACAUCUACCUUGUGAAUCCAAUAUAUCCAAAUAUACUCUGGUCAAAGAAGACUUUACGCGAGCUAUGCAUGAAUUUGUGCCUGUUGCCAUGCGUGACAUCACCAAAUCUGCUUCUGAAGGUGGUCGUUCGGGAUGGGAAGAUGUUGGAGGCGUUACUGAUGUUAAAAAUGCUAUCAAAGAGAUGAUUGAAUUGCCAUCAAAAUUUCCGAAAAUCUUUGCAAAGUCUCCUCUGCGUUUGAGAUCAAAUGUUCUCUUGUAUGGCCCACCUGGUUGUGGGAAGACUCACAUAGUUGGUGCAGCUGCAGCAGCGUGUUCCCUACGGUUCAUCUCAGUGAAGGGGCCUGAGCUCUUAAACAAAUACAUUGGUGCUUCUGAACAAUCUGUCCGUGAUAUAUUUGCAAAGGCAGCAGCCGCAGCACCAUGCAUACUCUUUUUCGAUGAAUUCGAUUCAAUUGCUCCCAAGAGAGGACAUGACAACACCGGAGUUACUGAUCGAGUUGUUAAUCAAUUCUUGACAGAGCUGGAUGGAGUUGAAGUUCUAACCGGGGUCUUUGUAUUUGCUGCAACAAGUAGGCCAGAUCUGCUUGAUCCUGCGCUACUGAGGCCUGGCCGGCUUGAUCGUCUUCUUAUGUGCGACUUUCCAUCCCCACCAGAGCGAUUAGAGAUUCUUAAAGUUCUCUCGAGAAAGCUUCCGAUGGCUGAUGAUAUUGACUUAGAUCCUAUAGCUCAGAUGACUGAAGGUUUCAGUGGAGCUGAUCUGCAAGCUCUUCUUUCAGAUGCGCAACUUGCAGCUGUUCAUGAGUUUCUAAACAAAGAAGAUAGAACAGAGCCUGGAACGACUCCAAUGAUAACUGAUCCUCUUCUGAAGUCGAUCGCUUCCAAAACUAAACCAUCGGUUUCUGAAACCGAGAAGCAAAAGCUUUAUGACAUUUAUAGUCAGUUUCUGGAUUCAAGAAAAUCGUCGAGAGAAGCAAAGGGCAAAAGAGCAACCUUAGCGUAA